AGACAGCGUAAGGUGCUUGUCUCCACUUUUGCACCAACCAUUCUUACUGCGACUUUUUUCCACUUCCGCUAUUCAUCCGAUCCGUUUACGAAUAUUAUCUUUCGUCGUGCGCUUUUGUUCGUCUAUCGUUUCGCGUGUGGUUUAUCGGAUUGUUAUCGUCGUUCUGUGUGUUUAUCAAAUGACAUAAAAUAAUCCUGUGAACGAAAAGAAGAGUUUCGGAAUAAGGUGGUGACCUAAUUUUGUCAUCACAGUUUUUUUUUUCGUGGCUGGUGGGGUGGUGGGAACGCGUACAGAAUAAAAAUAAACCCGAGCGCCGCCUGCUGUUCGUUCGGUGCGGGAAUAAUUUUAUCCGCUUUUACUCACCCCCCAGCGAAUGGACGUUUUCAACAAGCAUGGGCCGGACAUACGAUUGAUUCUAAAGCGAUGGAGUGAUAAAUAACAGUGAUAGAAUCCACGCACAAGUGCCGACCCGUUAUUAAGAACAGUGCUGAAUAAUUUAGUUAUCAAACUUUGGAGAAGAACAUCCAUGAAGUGCCUACGUGAAUGAAAAGUAGAUUACAUACCCCAUAAGAAAACCAACUGCGGAAAGAAAAGUCAGGCAUAUACACAAAGUGCAAUUAUCUCUUCUCUUUGUGGGGUUGAUAAGUGCUAGAAGGCAGCCGCGUGCGCCACCAACAAUCUUCUCACAUCCACAUACACUAAGUUAUGAAUUUGCUCCUUCGGAUGGUAGUAUCGAUCGGCUUGCGAUGUCACACAAACCACCACAAUGAGCAUCACACGCGUCUCCCAUCGCCCGUCGACCCGCUUCCGUGUCCAGAGGAAGAAUCGCGCUUCGCCAGCGGUGCGUGUAGUGGUGGUGCCUUCCACACCGAUAACGAUGCGUGUGUUGAGGCUUGUUAAGCUUCGACUUCUGGCGCUCUAUCAGCUGAUUGCGAGAUUCUUAAUCGCCUUACUAAGUCAAUGGAAGGGUGGCGGUGUUGGUAUGGUGGCAACGGCGGCAGCAAUUACCGCCAUCGGCCAAUCGGAAGCACGUGGUGCAAUAAUAGAGAUAGUAAAUGUUAGCGAAAUGGACGAUGGCGGUGGCACAUCGACAACAUCGGCCGGCAACAACAAGGACCAGAUUCCCACCCCGAAGCGGAUGCUCUUCCCCCGCGAGAAUGUACAACUCGGAUGGAAGGCUAGCGGUCGCAAGUGGAAUACGGGAGCCGGCAUGACUAACGUUGGCAACACGUGCUAUCUGAACUCGACCCUACAGGCCCUGUUCCAUGUUCCAGCUAUUGCCAACUGGCUUCUUUCCGACAGUGAGCAUCGCGAGCGAUGUGAUGAUAAUGGGCAAGGUGCAUGUAUUAUUUGUGCAAUGGCCAAAACACUGCUAGCCUCACAGAACAGCCAGGGAGCAAUCAAACCGCAUUUGGUUUACUCGAAGCUUCGGAUGGUGUGUAAGCAUCUUGUACCUGGCCGGCAGGAGGAUGCCCAUGAGUUCCUGCGCUAUCUGGUGGAGGCAAUGGAGAAAAGCUACCUUGGUCGUAUUAAAAACAGCAAGGAUCUGGACCAGUACAGUAAGGAAACCACACCGCUGAAUCAGAUUCUCGGCGGAUACCUCCGGUCGGAGGUGAAAUGUUUAUCAUGUCAGCAUAUUUCGACGACAUUCCAGCAUUUUGAGGAUCUUCUGCUAGACAUUAGAAAAGUGAAUUCCAUCGAAGAAGCGCUUCAGGUGUAUUUCGCACGGGAGCGAUUGGAAGAGAUGCAAUACAAGUGCGAAGCUUGUAAGAAAAGAGUGGCUGCGACAAAGCAGUUCUCCUUGGAACGGGCUCCGUUCGCAUUGUGCAUUCAGUUGAAGAGAUUUUCAAUGCUGGGAGGGAAAAUUACCAAGCAUGUGGAGUUGAGAAGCAAAUUGGAUCUGACGCCCUACUCGUCAAAGUCAGCUGCCUCCAACGGAAAAUUGGUUUAUAAGCUAGCUUCUAUGGUUACGCAUCUAGGCAAUACACAGCACUGUGGUCAUUACACAGCCAUUGGUGGUACCGAGAGUGGUUCGUAUUAUGUCUUUGAUGACAGUUCUGUUCGACCGAUAGCUAUCCAGAAUGUAAUCAGUACCAAUGCGUAUAUAAUUUUCUACGAACUAGAAAGUGUUCAAAAUGGGAUGAAGACUAGUGCUAGUAGUACUGCCACGUUGGCAUCUUAUGCCAGCGCAACGGGAAGUUGCUCCGCCAAAGCUGGGAGUAAUGGUGGACCGGGAGCAAACACAGGUGGAACCGCUGCUAACUCGUCGUCCCUCAGCGGCAACCCUAGUUUCAAUCCUCUUUUCUCGAGCAAAUUGGAAAACCGGUCGAACUUUAUUGGACCAGUGCUGCCUCAGCAAACAACGGAAAAGGCCAAAAAGCUGGCUAACGGGCUAAGCAACGAUCACCAGAGGGGGGAUGAUGGAGAAACGAUGGACACUGCCGCUACCUGUCGACUGUCUCCUGUCUCUUCAACCACAUCAUCGCUGUCAACACCUUCACCAGUGAAACAUUCUGGCACGGGCAAUUUGAGCAGUCCAUCGGCAAGCAAAAUGAUGCGCAAUUCCUUGAGCCAAAGUCCGUCAAGUGUGAAGAACAAGUUCGGCAUGACCAUCACACCCAACGGUAUCAGUAACAACAACAGUAAUUUGAAAGUUUCUUCUAAACCAUCUUCGCUCACUGCUCCCUCUUCACUGCCAUCCAUGCCUAAACUUUGCAUACACAGUUCCGCAGCCAUCAAGAGCAAUUCUUAUGGACCAGUGGAAAAUGGAUCCCCCGCCACGAAGAGUGCUGGUUUCCCUGACUCCUCGACGUCGUUUUCUGCCAGCGACUGUGCUAAGAAAAACUCCAACGGUUACGGCAAUAAGACGGUCCGUCUAGUUCCUUACGAUGACGACGAGGAAGAGGACGACGAAGCGGAAGGGGGGCGACAUGAAAAGAAAGCAGAAAGCGCCGAAGAGGAUGAUGAAAGCGACGAAGAUAUUGAACGGUUACAAUCCCAUGUUCUUCUGGGUCCGGGAAGCAAAAAGUAUUCGCAAGCCGCCGAAGAGGAAGAUUCUUCGUGUUCGCCCAAGUCACCUCCCGUAAUAAAGACGAAGGUCGGUCUGUGGAAGGUAAGCGACAAUCGUCCCCAAGCGAGUAGCAGCAGCAGUAGUAACAACGGCAGCAACAGCGGUGGCAGCGCCAAUAGCAGUAAUAACGCAUCACCUGCCACUUCGGGUAAUUCUUCCCCCUCAAGUUACGGACACACGAACGGUAAUGGCUGUGGUCCACUGGCUUCCGGUUAUCAAACCACGAAUAGUCGCCCGCAAUCCAAUGGUUUUAACGGUCACAAUGGCAACAAUCACAACAGGAACAAUGACGUUGUGAACCAGCUGCACAAAUUCUCCCACCGAGGGUAUGGCUCAUCGGCGGUUCGAAGCUGGAAUGGUCAACCGUCCAAUAUGGAUCGUGAGUUGGCCAACGAGCGGCGUGAAGAGCGCAAGCGUCAAGCAGAGGACGAUCGUGACACGGAAAUGGAUCGUGGGCGCAUUAAGAAAAUCAAACAACAUCCGUACAAUCGCGACCAGCGAGAAUCGAACGGCCAGCAGCAGAAUUUCUUCCAGAAUUAUCAGAAUCAUCAGCAAAACGGCGGCACCUGUCUGAACGGUAAUAAUAAUCGGAAAUGGAAUAAUUGCAACGGCAGCAAUGGGUUUAAUGGAGGUAAAUACGGUUUUUAUCAAAAUCGGGGAAAUAAUUACUACCAGAAUGGGAACCACUCUCGGAACCACAAUGGGUUUCGCAAUGGACGUCAUGGACGCAAUGGAUUUUAUAAUAAGUCGCACCAUCAUCAUCAGCGUGACAAUGGUGGUGCUAAUGGCUUUCAUAAUCGAUAGGCAAAGUUCAAAGAAUCCCAAGAGUGGAACUGAUAAAGCUGCAGCAGGGUAUUUCUCAUCGCCUGGAUUGCGCGAUGAACACGAAAUGCCACUGGAUUAGGAGAGAUAUGCCACUGCACUUGCGCGCAUUAACACUAGGCUACCGAUCUGGGAGUGUGGACAGAGCGUACAGUUUGUUUUAAUUCAAAUUAAAUUGAACAUUUUAGCAUAAUCUCCCUCUAAUGAAUCAUAUUUUUGUUGUGUAAAUGUGUAAUUAAAAAAAACAAACAAGCCCCGGGAAGCGGAAUAAACGCAGAGAAAAACAUUUAAAAAUAUCUUUGUUAAAGGAAAAAUUUUUAUCCAACUUUCCAUUUCUGCUUGACCAGAAAGCAUUUUUAUACAAUUUUGGCACUCGCGAAGGUCUCUUGCAUGAAACAUGAAAACCCUCUACGGGGGUAGGCCUGUAAAUAACAGUUUGAAUCACAGCAUCUCCUUACUCUAUUAAGGAUUACAAAAAAAAGUCGAACAAAUGCACUGAAAAGUUAUAUACUGUCAAAAAAAAAAGAAAAACAAAAAAAUACCUCUGAAACAAGUUCUUUUCAAGGUUCAAUUUAUACCCGUGGACUUUAAACAGUGAAAAGUAACAGACUAAAGUUAGCUAUUUAAACAAAAAAAAAACAGUGUAUCCGAUAACUUAACUAAGUAACUAUUAGUCAAUAUUUACCGAUGCGGAAGAGGCAUACACGAGACCUCAAUGAAUGAGAACAAAUUGAACAAAAAAAAUCAAUGCAGAUUUUGUUUCCUAUUCAUCCCAAAUGCAAUCAUUUUUUUUACCCACUCUUUUCAUUGCUUAAAGGUGUAGACCCUGGAGUUGAAAUUCCUACAAUGCGUUUGUUUUUUUUUUCAUUUUGUUUUCGAUAAUUAUAAUGGUUUUAUGUUUACACUGCUCUAGAAUACUUUAAAUUGGAGUCCUACCAUGAAAGACUUACAUCCCUGUAGCGAACUUAUACUUGUACAUAUUGAGAAAGUUAAGCAUAUGUGCAGAAUAAGUGAUUUAUUAAAAGAUUGAGAAAGCUACGCAUACCUAGAAUAACGUAGAAUAUAUAAAUGAUGCAAUUGACGACGAUUAAUUUCGUGGCGACGGAAGAGUGUGUAUGAUUGAAAUUGGAAAAAACGGAUAACCUAGAGUACAUUGUUGUAAAUAGAUUACCAAAUAAAUUAUACUUUAAAAGAUGAACAUGGUAAAGAUAUGCAAACAAACAAAAAAAAAAGAAAACAAAAGAUGAAAUGUAAACGCGUAAGUUGAUAAAUAAAUAAGUUAACUCUAGUACCAACCAUCUCAAAGGUAAAGCAAAUCUAUCGCUUCGAAAGGUUAAUCCCAAUUUUUUGCAGUCUUCAACGUGGAUAGUUUGGGUUUUCGGUGGUUUUCAGCAAAAAUACUUCUUGAAUUUAUGCAACUUCGAUAUUUUUACAGAUAUUCAAUUCUGCAAAAUGUGGCAGCUUGUUCAAAUCAUAGAUAGCGCCGCAAACUGAGCGGAAGUGAUUUACAUAUGCAUUGUUAACUGUUCCUGUUCCUGUUGGUGAGUUGAAAUACAUAUUCGAAAAAAUCGAUUUAAAAUUCCAUCAAAAGUUGGAUCCGAUGCUGCAGCAACACACAUGAGCUGGGAACAGCUUUCAUCAUGAUAGAGAAGAUGCAGAAAAGGGUUGUUGGUUAGUGGCCAAACAACUGAAGCAUGUGCAAAUUGAGGAUGCGAGUCUCCUGACUAU